AUGAGUCUUAUAGUGAACAAGGAAUACAUUAAGAAGCUGUGUGCUGAGCGUGGUCACCCACAGACAUGUAAAAUCAUAUCAAAGAUUAUCAAAUCUGGUAAUUCAUGCAUGAACUUCAUAAUUAGGUUACUUUUUCAUGAAGAAUGUAAGGAUAUUUCAUGUAAGCCACGCUUUGAGAUACUGAUGCAGAGCAAUCGGAUGGUAAACUACAUUGUAAACAGACUGAUUGGAAGAAGCGUUUAUACUCAUGAUUCAAGGCAAUGGGAGUCACGUGUCGAUAAAAACAAAUGGAGUAGUAGAGAGUACACGGCUCUUUUGAAGUUUCUACUGAUGUUUGAGUGUAGUAAUAGAAGGAUUGCUAAUACAGACAGGGAGUUUAUUCAACAUGUAUUAUGUAAGGUUCCUGAGUCGAAAAAGUCGGUACUAAUCAGGCAUUCAAAGAUUACUCCGAUAAGCAUUAUGAUUGUAGAAAGUAUGAACCAAGAAAGCCUAUGCAAUGUUAGUGCUGUGUAUCAAUCGGUUCAUGCAUUUAUGCGUGCAUUGAAGAUGUCGUAUGACGAAGGACUUAUCUCCCUGCAUAAAUCUGGAGUAAAAUUCAAGACACUGCACAAAGCAUUUCUGUACUCAUCGUUUCCACAAAUCCAAGAGUACCUGCAUGCAUUGACUGACUUCUAUCCAGAAGUGAUGUUUGAAACCGGAAAUAUGCAUCCAAACAGGAUAUGCAUGCUCAAGGAUCCUUUGCAUAUUCCAAGCGACAAGAAGAUUUUAUGCGGUUAUGUUUCAGCAUCGAUGUAUUUUCUAAGGCGACGGCACCGAUUUGUUGGAUGUGUGCCGAAUCUGGAUGUUCUAGUGAAGACUAUCCAUAUUGAGAGGAUUCUGAGCAGCAAGCCCAAACGAAGUGUUCUGAGGAAUGUGGUUCACAAAUUGAUUCUGAGCACACCUGUUCUUGUACGUAUCAUAGUUGUAAGAAAGUUUGAUAAGAGUAUUGUCAAGAAGGUGAUUGAGAAUGUGCCGUCUUUUCAUGUGGCAUAUGAAGUGUCAUUGAAGAUUCUUUGCACGAGCCCGGUAGAUGAGUUCUAUAUGCUAUUAGUUGAAGGCUUGUUGAUGAAAUAUCCAACUGAAUUGAAUGUAUCUAAGUUCAGAGCAUGUUCAGAUCAACUACAAGAAUCGUUUGUGGAAGAGAUUGAAAGAAGAUUGCGAUAA